ACAACGACCUUACAAAUUGACUGUAAAACAAGAGACAGCUGAUGUAUAGGAAAAGACAGAGAAGUACAAAGGAAUAAUGAGACAAUACUAGUCAUUGAGAUAGGCACCAGUCUGAGCACAGAAUCACCUUAAAUACUGUGAACACUUCUUUCCUUUAAAUGAAAAGUGAUUGAAAGAAGGGUUCAGCAUGAAUUGCUCCAUAUUGCUAUCUCUCGUGCUGAUACUGGUUCAACUUUGGCCUUGCUCUAUGAGCAUGGAGAACUGCAGCGCUGAAAACACACAUCAGUCUUCCACAGCAGUUCGAAGAGUGAAACGUGGCUGGGUGUGGGAGCCACUUUUUGCAACUGAGGAACAGACAUCAAUGGUGCCUGUGUAUGUUGGACAGCUGAAAUCAGAUUUAGACAAGCAGGAUGGCAACCUAAAAUACAUUUUGACAGGGGAGGGAGCUGGAAGCAUUUUUAUCAUUGAUGAAAAUAACGGCAAAAUUUACGUGACACAAAAGCUGGAUCGAGAAAAGAAAUCCUUCUACACUCUAAGAGCACAAGCAAUUAAUGGGAAUACCCAGCUUCCUGUUGAACCUGAAUCAGAAUUUAUUAUCAAGGUUCGAGAUGUCAAUGAUCAUGAACCACAGUUCUUGGAUGGACCUUAUGUGGCCACUGUUCCAGAGAUGUCACCUGAAGGUACUUCGGUUACACAGGUAACAGCUACAGAUGGUGAUGAUCCUUCUUAUGGGAAUAGUGCCCGUCUGCUUUACAGUCUCAUUCAGGGACAGCCUUAUUUCUCUGUGGAGCCAAAGACAGGGGUCAUCAGAAUGGCUUCCCAAAUGGAUAGAGAAACAAAAGAUCAGUAUUUAGUCAUCAUCCAAGCCAAAGAUAUGGUUGGGCAAGCAGGGGCAUUUUCAGCAACAGCCACUGUUACCAUCAACCUCUCUGACAUCAAUGACAAUCCACCCAAAUUUCAACAGCGACUCUACUAUAUGAGCAUCUCUGAAGAGGCUCCUGUGGGCACUAUUGUAGGCAAAGUCUUCGCAGAAGACAGCGACAUAGGGGAGAAUGCAGCCAUGAACUAUUUCAUUGAAGGAGAUAGCUCAGAUGUUUUUGACAUCAUUACUAACAAUGAGACUCAAGAAGGAAUUAUCUUAUUAAAAAAGAGAGUGGAUUAUGAGAGCAAGAGGAGAUACAGUAUUCAAGCAAAAGUUGUAAACAGGUACACUGAUGACCGAUUUCUGAAAGAAGGACCAUUUGAAGACAAAACCAUUGUCAAAAUCAAUGUGGAAGAUGCUGAUGAACCUCCAGUUUUCACCUUGGAGAACUAUGUGAUGGAGAUUGCUGAAGGGGCUGUCAGUGGCUCCCUGGUGGGCGUUGUAACUGCUACAGAUCCAGACAAUGAUGACUGCCCAGUCAGGUACUCUAUUGUCCACAGCAUGCAUUUAAAGAGAUUGUUCAGCAUCAAUGAACACAAUGGAACAAUCAUUACUACUAAACCUCUGGACCGAGAGAUAGCUUCUUGGCACAACAUAACUGUUACAGCCACAGAAACAAGAAAUCCUGAAAAAAUUUCAGAAGCAAAUGUGUAUAUCCAAGUUCUUGAUGUUAAUGAUCAUGCACCAGAAUUCCCUAAAUAUUAUGAAACAUUUGUUUGUGAAAAUGCGGUUUCUGGCCAG